AUGAAAUUUCUUAAAAAAGUUGAAUUAGCGGAGUCAGAGUUAACAACACAAAAAUAUGAUUUGGUAGUUAAUGAUAAAUCAAAACAAGCUUUGUUCAACCUUAAGGACUUAUUAAAGUUGAAUAUUGACAAAUUAGGAUUUGACUUAAUUAGAAACUUAAUCGUUAUAAAUUUUAAUGUUCACCAAAAAAUUUGGACAGUAAGUGGAGCUUUCAACCGAUUAUUGUCAUUUGUUUUACCAAUUAAUUCCAUAUCUCAAUCUAUUUUAUUUUCAAUUGUUUCAAAUGGAUUGUUGUUUAGUUGGGGUACACCUAUUCAUUUCUAUAGUGAAUAUAUUGUAUCAAAAUUUCCCCAAAAACAACCACCUUCAAUUUGGUUUCUAAAUAGUGUUACAAGAUUAAUUUUGAAAAGCAUUUCAGAUCUGUUUAAAAUAUUUGGAUUUUUGAUGUUAGCUAAAUUUGCUCAAAGAUUGCCCAUUUGGCAAAUUUCUUUAGGAUUUAUGAUUUGGUUAGUGAUUAAAGCAUCAUUAGUGCCUUUAUUUUUCAAAUAUAUGUUCCCUGGAUUUUUGAAGCCAGUUCCAAAAGGUGAAUUAAGAGAUGAAUUGACAAAAGUUUGUUCACAAGUGAAUUAUAAUCCCGAUACAAUAUAUUUAUCUGAAAUUUUCAUGGGCGUUGGUUAUAACUAUUUACCCAAUCGUGUUACAAUAAACAAAAGAAUCACUGAUAAAUUUACUCCAAAAGAAUAUUCAUCUAGAGUUUUACUGGCCAUUUAUUCAAUUAAAUUAAAUUCAAAUCUUAAACAGGAUCUAAGACAAGUUGCUGAAUUAUAUCUUAAUUUAGUAAUUUUUGACAGCUUUUUAAUGAAUGAUAACACAAUAUUAACACAAUUUGGAUUCUUAGAAAAUCAAGAUGGUUUGUUGUUUAUCAAAUACUUGUUAUUUAAUCAAAUUUUCAUACCCUUAAAUUUGGUUAUUUUGUCAUUACAAAGAUACUUUAACAAAUUGAGUACUCAACAAAUUGAUGAAGAAACUUUUAAAAUUUACAAACAAGAUUAUAUCAAUUACUUGAAGAAGUCUACAAUUAAUAGUGAUUUAGAAUUUUUUGAAAAUGAUUGUCUUUAUGAAUUUUAUUAUUCAAAAGUUCCAGGUACUGCCAAAAGAAUCAAACACUUGACAGAAAAUAUCAAGACUAAUAAUACUAACAAAUAA